CAGACAGGCCAUAUAUGAUGCAUUCAACAGAUUCUGCCUCAAGUAUCCCAACCUGAACUAGCAAUGACAGCCUGAAGCCCUUUCCUCCCUGUAACAGCAGCAGGACCUGUGCCUGGACACUGGACAAAGCAAUGCCUGUCCACAGACCAGAAGCAUCAGCAUGAAGUAUGGUAGUUAAGAUCUCUUCUACUGAGACAUGAUUUGUCUGAACUUUACAGGCUGUCUUUAGAUAAAGGCCACUUUUCCAAUUUCCUACUUCUAAAAGGGAACCCUGGUGCACCCAAACAAAUAUAAGCAACUGAAACUGUACAAGAAUUUAGUUGUUGAUGUUGAUCCGUCUCUGCUUGUUGAAAGAACACUAAGGCCUCUUAUUUCACUCUUAUUAAUUCACUGGUCCACACCACCAGGGUGGAUGUGUCCAUCCUGAUGUGUUCUGUUAGGAAACACAGACAGUGCCUGUUAUAUUGAUAUCAUAUCAUAUCAUAUGAGCAGAAUAUUAGCUACUGCAGAAUGUAGAUUACUGCAGUAUAUGAUGAAAAUACGAGGUAUAAAUGCAAUACUGGGGACAGAGAAUUUUAGAAUAUUGUAAAAUAUUAUAGAAUUGUUAGUUACAUCAAAGAAUAUAAGUAUAUAAAUUAAGCUCACUGUAAAGCUGCUUUCAUGACAGAGAAAUUCAGUAAUUAAUAAAUAAGUCUAAGGGAUUUUUCACAGUUAUGGAAAUGGAAAUUAAAUUUAAAAAUCCUUAUAGUUUUGUUGACCCUGUCUGAUAUACCUGUAGUAAUUUUUUGUGGCAGAGUCUUCCAUUCCCACACAUUGUUAAAAUGACCCGCAUACACAUGCAGUAUUCUCUGUUGCUUUUUUUUUUGUAAAGCCUGAAAGGUGCAGAAGACUAGUUAUAUCUCUGGCCACUUGAAUUACAUCAUGCUGAAAGGGUAUUGUGGCAUUUCUGCGCAGAUACCAAAAACAGCUGCCCAGCUAUAAGUACUUUGUGGUAUUCCUCACACUAACAACAUUCAGUGUUCUGGUGUCAAACUGUCAAAAAUGAUAAAGCAAUUCUAAUGUUGUACUCUAAAAAGUUCAUAGGGUUGCUAGAGACCUGAGGUAUGUAAGAGAUGCAGGUAAUGUUGUGUUUUUCUGUUUGGGGUCAUGGUAGCACUGUUUACUCAUGGUUACUAUGAAUAAAUAAAGACACAAUGAUUAAAAUGUUAGUUUACUGUCACAGUAACUUGAUGGAGCAGCAGCUUUAGUGCAAGUCAGCAGUUUCUUUGAUGGUAAGGGUUUUGUUACUGUGUAGAUUUUUUCUAUUUCUUCCACCCCUUAAAAUCAAGAAGGCCUCUAAGGUGAAGCUCAUAAUUUUUAAUUAGCUCCACUUGUCUUUCUGCCAGAACAUAUCAUUUUCAAAUGAUAACAUACAAUUUUGAAACAAGAGGCCUCAGUGUUUCUGACAGAGAUAUGCUGUACAUAACAAGAGACCGUAAAAUAUGGUAACAGCUUGGCUUCUUUGGUCCAGAUACCAUAUUAUGUGCUACGUUUCAGUAAAUUAUACUGAAGUGCAUCAAAUGCCACACAUAUAUAUGUACAUUAUGUGAAAAACUGGACUGACUACUCGUCCUCUGCUGUCCACCCACUUCCUGCACUGUGUGACCGCUGUUCAUCCAAAAUGUUCAGUUUGCUUGCGACAGAGAAAGCUCAUUGUAGGUUCCUUUUAUUUAAAGAUGUGUAAACAGUGUGCCAUCUGAAAUUGAAAUAAAGUCAAACCUACAGAGCAACUAGAGGAGCUGUGAUUGGUCAGAUUACCAGCUCCUGUUGCCUCUCUGCGGGUUGAACCUGGAAUUUAAUUUGCACACUGCUUACACAUCUUUCAAUGAAAGUGAUCAUAAAAUGGAAACUGUAAAGCAGGCAGCAGAUUAAUUGUGAGAUGGAAUAAGGUACAUUGCACACUGGUAAAUGAAAUAUGAAAUUAAAUGCAUUUUUGCUUUUUUGAUUUUAAAAUGUAAUUCUUAAUCAUUUAAAGUCAGAAUAAGGCAUUUUCUUUGAUAAUGUUAUUUUGCUUUUGGGUUCAUUAAUGCAUUAUUAAAUAAAAAAUGUUUAGAUAAGAUCCACUGUAAAAUUUAGGAGGAUCUAUUGUCAGAAAUUGAAUAUAAGCAUUGAAGUGUUUUUAUUACCUUGGAAUAGAGCCCGACCGAUAAAGGAUUUUUAAGGCCGAUGCCGAUACAAAUAUUUGGUGAUUUACGAAA